AAAAAGCUGUAAACUAGAAAGUUCCUAUUGGAUAAAUGAAGUUAGUUAGUAAAAUAAAUAGAAUGAACUUUGAAACAUGAAAAAAAUAAUUAAAAAAAAAAAAAAGGUAAGGAAACUAUCUUUUCAAGUACUUCUGUGAAAACGCUCGUGGGCUAGUAUUAAGUUAGUUCAAGAGUCUAACAAAUUAGGGAAAUUGUAGAAGUAUUAGGAAAGAAAUAACUUGAGUCCCAAGCUGAAGCUUCCCUAAAGAUCUAAGUAACACUUAUGUACCCUAGUACUAGUAAAAUUUGGUGCACAUAUUUUCUUCUGGAAUUUACCUGAUCACAUCUCUAUAUAUAGUCCAUAAAGCAUUCACGUUACUUAUUAGCUUCUUACAUUCGUUUUGGGUUUUGGCUGAUCAUACUUAAUUCACUUCUCAUCUCUGCGUCUAAGGAGUUUUGUUUGUGUUGCGGCAAGUAAUUUCUUGUCUCAUUCUUGUGUUUCUCUAUACGCAAGAAAAAGAGACGAUCAUGUCGACGGUACUUGCUGCACGCCGGCAUGUCAAGGGUGUACGUUUUCACCCUACUGACGCGGAGCUAAUCAACAUUCUUAAAAAGUUCUUCAAGCGCCAACGUUUUUCGAGUCAGUGCCCUAUCCAGUUUGCAGAUAUUUAUGGAGAUCAACAGCCAUGGGAGAUAUUUGGAGCUUCUGAAGAGAAAGUCCGGUACUAUAUUACUCCGUUGAAGAAGCGAAAGAGUGACCAUAUAAGGUUUUGUCGAACCUGCGCCAAUGGGACGUGGAAAGGCCAAACCAGUGAAUAUCCUAUAAGGGACCGUAAGAGAACUGUGGUAGGGUUCGGAAGAAAUUUCACGUUUCAAACUAAGGAACGGGAGCAAAACAAAACUUGGCUGAUGAAAGAAUAUUUCGUCGCGGAUGAUUUCUUCAGGGAGAACAAUAUUCCUAAAGAAGAUUAUGUCAUCAGCCGAAUCAAGAAGAAGAUAAAAGAUAAAAAGGUGAAGGAUCAUGGGGCAGCUUAUAACAUGGAAGAACAGGAUGUUGCAGGAAUUGUCGAAGUUAUGUUGCACGAACCAGCUGAUGAUCACUACUACACAACACAACCAGCGGAAGAUCAAGUUAUGGAGGAGACUGAUCAAUGGGACUCCAUCAUCGACGAGGUUUGUGAUCAACAAGCUGAUGAGGUUGAGAAUACAACGUUCAACACCACCAUGGAGAACCAAAAUACAAUAUGGAGCAGUACUACCUUGGAACAAGAAGCAAGCAUACGCACAACCUCUGAUUGAGAUUGAGCAAGUGCAAGGCGAUGGAGCUAAUCAUGAGACUGACAUUGGAAGCAGUGGAUUCUGGGAAACGAUAAGUGGAAUAUUGGGAGAUGCUACUAUUGAUGUUUCUGAUUAUUUGUAGCGGCUUGAUAAUGAUCAGUCAUCACUUCUCCUAGAUAUGAAUGGGAAUAUUGGAACAUGAAAAUCAGGAUGCAAUGAUAUUAUACUUAUACGCAUUAAUUCUAGAGUAUGUUUAUGUUUCAGCU